GUUGCCGGGGCCAGGGCGGGGCUGUCGGGGCGGGGGCAGCCCAGGGACCCCCGCUCAGCCCGGGCGCUGCGCCCAGCGCGCAGGGAAGGUGCCCCUUGGCCGGUCCCCGCCGGCUGUUCCUGCAAUGGCAGAACCGAACGCUCCCCGAGGACCCCUGUGCCCGCCCCGCUUAGGCGGAGGGGAUGCGAGAUGGAGGGAUGCUCGGAGGGGUCUGUGACCUGUCCGGCGGCUCCUCUCCAAACCCCGCUGGGUUCAGCACGUGCUGCCGGCCGGGAAGCUCGGCAGCUCUGUCCCCUGGGCAGGAGGUGGGUCACUCCCCGCCGGGCAGCCUUGCAGUGACUCCACUGUGAAGCAGUCCCUGGUGCCUGAAGAGCGAAGAGAUGAAGUCCAUUUCCUUAGGAACUCUCGCUGAGCAGGUCUUGGGAUGUGCUGGCAAGCGCAGACCCCCGCUCCGGACACCUUCUGUGCUUUGUCUCUCUGAUAGGGACGAUGCCAAUCCUGACCGGGGCGGUCCGGUCCCACCGGGACAUAGCUCUGGAGCAGGCAUGCAGGCACCCCGCGGCUCUGCACAGCCACUCCCGUGGGCAGCAUCAAGGGGCCCCGCGGCACCACGAUCCCGUUUGUCCUGAUUCCUGGGGAGGGAGGUGCAGAGGCCUGAAUGGCUGCUGUUGGGAUCAGCCGGGUGGUUUUCCAGCCUGGUGUGUCUGUCAAGUGCACUCUUUGGCCGAGGGCUGAGGAUGAAUCCCAGGUGCACGUGCCAUUUGCGAGGCAGGACGCGCGUCAUGACAGUCACCGGGUUAAUGGCUGGCAUCCCGCUCCACCUGCCAGUGUGCCGCCGGCACCCACGGCCGUGCCCUGCUCGCUGGGCUCUGCUCCACAGCCACAGGCAAACCCAGGGCUCUGGGGGGCCAGCCAGGUGCCGAGGUGCCCGCUCUCCCGGUGGCAUGGAGACAUGGUCCCGGCGCAGCGCUGCCUUCGACUGUGUGCCCCAGCCGGCAGCCUGCUGCCCUGACUGGAUGGCGGAGCUCCCCGACGCCCUGCCCCUCUCCCACCUCUCCAUCCCUGGCACCCACGACUCCCUCAGCCUGUUCGGUGGCCAGCGCCUGCGGUGCCAGAGCUGGGGCCUGGAGGCCCAGCUGGCGGCCGGCAUCCGCUUCCUGGAUGUGCGCUGCAAGCUGUCGCGGGGUGAGCUCCGCAUCUACCACCUCUGCACCUUCCAGCGGGCCAGCCUGCGCGGCGUCCUGCGCCGCACCCUGCGCUUCCUCCGCGCCCACCCCGGCGAGGCCGUGCUUAUGCGCAUCAAGGAGGAGCUGCCCAUCUUCUCCCGGCCCGGCUUCGCUGCCCAGCUGCACCGCUGCCUGCUGGAGGAGGGACAGGGCUGCGUGUGGUGCCGGGAGGAGGUGCCAACGCUGGGCCAGGUGCGCGGGAAGAUAGUGGUGCUGGAGGCGCUGGCGCGGGAGGUGCUGGGCAUCCCCUACGAGCAGCUGAGCAUCAGCGACGCCUGGAACGUGCUCUCACUGGAGCGCAAGUGGGCCCGGGUGCGGCGGCACCUGGAGAAGGCGGCCGGCGGAGACCCCAGCACCAUGUACCUCACCUUCUGCUCCGGCAACGGGCUCUUCACCUGCCCAGAGGAGGUGGCCCGCUUUGUGAAUCCCCGCUGCUGCCAGCACCUGCGGCGCCGGGGCGGGCAGCCCGUGCGCUGGGGGGUGGUCAUCAUGGACUUCCCUGGCGCAGGCCUUCUCCGGCUCAUCGUGGAGAGCAACGGCCCGCGGGCCAAUGGACACGGCACAGCGGCCCCCGGCACCCCCACGGUACGGUCCCGGCACCGCACCGCGCAGCUCCGCGCGCUGCCCGCGCCGCUGUCCCUCGGGGAGGACGCUGCUCCCGGCCCCGCGCCUCUGCCCGAGGGCCUCCGGGCCUGGAGGGCAAAAGCGAGGUUCUAGGUCUUGCAGAGCACCGGGAAGCCUUCGUGUGACGAUGGUGUGACAGCCGCAGAGGCAGCAGAGGAGGGCCGGCUGCGGCCGCGGAGCUGCGCCCUGCCCUGAGAAGCCAGGUACGGUGCCGGUACGGGGCUGGGCCACCUGAG